CUCCCGCCAUUUUGCAGUUGCCCCGGGAGCCGCCGCCGCCGCCGCCGCCAUGUCGCUGCUUUGCUGGAUUUCGAACGAGGUGCCGGAACAUCCGUGCGUGUCUCCGGUCUCCAACCACGUGUUCGAGCGGCGGCUGAUCGAGAAGUACAUUGUGGAGAAUGGAACCGAUCCCAUCAACGGGCAGCCCCUGUCUGAGGACCAACUCAUCGACAUCAAAGCGAGCCACCCCAUCAGACCGAAGCCUCCGUCAGCGACCAGCAUCCCAGCAAUCCUCAAAGCUCUGCAGGACGAGUGGGAUGCCGUGAUGUUGCACAGCUUCACUCUCCGACAGCAGCUGCAGACCACCCGCCAGGAGCUAUCUCAUGCCCUAUACCAACACGAUGCUGCCUGCAGAGUCAUAGCACGUCUCACCAAGGAGGUGACCGCAGCUCGAGAAGCUCUGGCCACGCUGAAGCCCCAGGCUGGUUUGGCCGUGCCCCAAGCAGCACCAGUUACUCCUGCUGCAGCUCCUGGUGCUGGGGAGCCGAUGGACGUGGGCGAACAGGUCGGAAUGACGCCGGAGAUCAUACAGAAGCUCCAAGACAAGGCCACGGUGCUGACGACGGAGCGUAAGAAGAGAGGCAAGACCGUCCCCGAGGAGCUGGUGAGAGGCGAAGAUCUCAGCAAGUACCGCCAGGUGGCUUCCCACGUGGGUCUGCACAGCGCCAGCGUCCCGGGCAUCCUGGCCCUCGACCUUUGCCCCUCGGACACUGCCAAAGUGCUUACAGGCGGAGCCGACAAGAACGUGGUGGUGUUCGACAAGAACUCCGAGCAGAUCCUGGCCACGCUGAAGGGUCACGGCAGGAAGGUGACCAACGUAGUCUACCAUCCCAGCGAGAACAUUGUCUUCUCAGCCUCCCCCGACACGACAAUCCGGAUCUGGUCAGUGUCCAGUGCGUCCUGUGUGCAGGUGGUCAGGGCUCAUGAGGGCUCAGUGACCGGCCUGAGUCUCCACGCCACCGGCGAUUACCUGCUCAGCGCGUCCGAUGAUCAGUAUUGGGCCUUCUCUGAUAUCCGUACAGGCCGUGUUCUCACGAAGGUGACGGACGAAGCUGCUGGCUGUGCCCUGACCUGUGCCCAGUUCCAUCCCGAUGGCCUCAUCUUUGGCACCGGCACCAUUGACUCACAGAUCAAGAUCUGGGACCUGAAGGAACGGACAAAUGUGGCCAACUUCCCCGGUCACUCGGGCCCCAUCACCAGCAUCGCCUUCUCCGAGAACGGCUACUACCUGGCCACGGCUGCUGACGACUCCCAGGUCAAACUCUGGGACUUACGCAAGCUCAAGAACUUCAAGACCAUCCAACUGGAUGACCAUUACGAGGUGAAAUGUUUGACCUUUGACCAGAGCGGCACUUACCUGGCUGUGGCCGGUACAGAUAUCCGAGUGUACGUGUGUAAGCAGUGGGCCGAGGUGUUGCACUUCACAGAGCACAGUGCGCAGACCACGGGCGUGGCAUUUGGUGAACAUUCUCGCUUCCUCGCUUCCAGCAGCAUGGAUCGGAGCCUGAAACUCUACAGCCAGUAGGCGCAGUGUUUCCAUGGUAACCUGCUACCAUGGACACUUCUCUUCGUCGGUGACCCCGAGACCCUUCCCGUGACCCUGAGACCUUUCCCCUCCCGUAACCCACAGCCCCUUCCCCCUCCUGUGACCCCCCUCCCCGGCCUCUUCCCCCUCCCGUAACCUCCAGCCCCCUCUAGUAGCCCUCAGACUCUCUUCCCCCCUCUCAUUCCGGUAAAGCCAAGACCGUCUGUCCCUCCCUCCCUCCCUCUCCCCAUUUCUGUGCAGUCCUCCUUUGUCCAGCACAGCUGGCUCUGGCAUCUUGGCUGGAUUCCCCCCACUCCCCAGGACCCAGGUGCCAGCCUUUUGUCCCACCCUUCCCCCCCCCCCCCCGCCCAGCAGUUGGGAGAGGGCGAGUAGGUGUUGAGAGUCUGAGGGACAGGGCCACAGUCAGGUAGACAGCCAUGAACACACACACACACACACACACACACACACACAAACCUGGACUAUCCCCUGUCCCUCCUGAACCCUCCAACCCCUCGAGAGCAGCUCCAUGGACACACACGCACACACAAACACACGCACACACUGGUGCACACACAGACACACGCACGCACGCGCACAGUCACACACACACAUAUUCAUGCAAAUAUAAGCACACUUCUGCACAGACGCAUGCACACACUUUCACAUGUAUACACAUACUUUCACACGUGUACACACUUUCACGUGUAUACGCGCACUCUCACACGCAUAUGCACACACUUUCACACAUAUACGCAUGCACACUGUCUGUCUCGCACAUACUUUGUCUCUCACACACACACACACACAUACAAACACUAUCUGUCUCUCAUCCACACACUUUCACACACACACAUUCUCUCUCACUCUCUCUCUCCCCCCCCCCCACACACACACACACACACACACACACUCUCACUCUCUCUCUCUCUCUCUCUCUCCCUCCCUCACACACACACACACACACACUCCCCAUCUCUCUCUCCCCCUUACACACACACACACACACACACACACACAGUCCCUCACCCCCAUCCCCAGCCCAGCUUGUACCCAGUACACCUUCCCUGCCUCUGGCGAUUGUGUGUGACCUCCCCUCCCCACCCCACGGCCACUGACCCCCUCCCUUUAGUGGGAGGGCGUUGGUGAAAUCCCUGCGUCCUGCUGUAACUGGGUAACAGGAGGGAGGGGAGGGGAGGGGGAAGUGAGCGAGGCUGACCAAUCGGUAUUGAGCCCGUUGACGAGAUGCCCCUGUGUGGUGGGGGGGUGGGGGGCUGAGGUUCCUGAGAGUGGGGAUCUAGCUGCCAAGUCCCCCUCGAUGAGUGUUGAUGAAAUCAUUUCCAAAGUACUGUGAAGGCCGUGUGUGUUCGUGUUUUCUAAAAAUAAAAUGGCGAAACGCCCCGUGA